UUCUUUGCCAUAACAAAAUUUGUGAUUCAAAGCAGUUAAUUAUAAUACAAUUAUUUAUAAAAACGUGUGAGUCCGAUUGAAAACCCCAAAAUUGUCCUUCUGGCAACAUUGCGUUUGAUUGUUAUGCAAGUUUUUGACAUUUGAAUCGAUGCAUGUACGUACUAAGGUACAUACCUAUAUGAGAUAAGACAAGCAUGUAAUAAAUAGGAACCGUUGAGGUGUGGCUUGAUCAGAUUAAUAAGAAAAUAGUUUUUUUUGUUUGCUAUGGAUUUAAAUCUGUCUGUUUUUCAAGAGCCCAGGGGGGUGAUGCGAUUACUGCAAUUUAUAUUCACAAUUUCGGCAUUCGCUGCAAUAUCUGGUUAUAGCGGAAGUGUAAAUUUCAACUGUGAAUCGCAGGCGCUUAAUGCAAGUUUCACCUUUAAUUUCGACUACCCGUUCAAACUAUUUUUGAAUGAACAUCCUUUAAACUCCAACUCUUCUUCGCCAUGUAAACCUAUUGUAACGAUCAAUGGAGAUUUUUCCUCGGAUGCGCAGUUUUUCGUAACAACAGGAGUUUUGGCGAUGCUGUAUACUAUUGCUAUUAUAAUUGUUUACAUAAAGUUGGACAAUUUGUAUAAAACUAACAGCCAAGUACCAUUAAUGGAUUUUGUAUUGACUGUCGUAUUUGCCGUUCUCUGGUUAUCGAGCAGUGCGGCAUGGGCAAACGGACUGAGCGGUCUUAAGCACGUUACCAGCGACGAAGCAAUCGAAUGGAAGGGAGAUGGGCCUAAUUGCCCCAAAUGCCCAACGUACACAACCAGCUUCUCUACUUUAAACAUAUCUGUGGUGCUAGGAUUUCUGAACUUUUUCUUAUGGGGUUCGGAUCUAUGGUUCGUCUAUAAAGAGACCGCUUGGUUCCAGGGUAAUCAAGGUUUAAGCACGUCCGGUGUUUAAUUGUACAAGUAGAGAUUUUUAAAAACAUUUUUUUAUGUUGAUGUUGACACAAGUUGAUUUUUUAAGUAUUGAUACUGUUUUUCUUAGUAUUUAUAAACCAUUACUUAAUUCAAUCAUUUUUGCACUUAUUAUUUACUAGAGGCUAUUUAGAAAAUGUGCACAUAGGUAAUUGAGAGGGUGAAAUUGUGAUCACAUCCCAAUUAUAUUAAUGAUUGUUCACGGAUAUUGUGACAAUGUUUAUUUUUCACUAGAGAGAGGAGGGAAGGUCAGUUUAGAUCAAGAAAACUAACUUCGUUCAUCGACAGGCGCAUAAAUGCAUUCUUUCCCAAAAAAGGACCCAGUACUAUAUUUCACAUUUUUUUUGGAGGAUCUUUACAUUUAUUUGUUUUUUGUAGUGUGUCCUUUAUAGUAUAUUAUUAUUUGAUAUGAACUGUCUGGAGGGAUCUAAAAUUGUUGUAAAUGCUGUGCCAAACCUAUUGAUUCUUUUAUACUGAAUACCCUGUUGUGAAAUAUGUUUAGCCUAAGAGUCUGUGUAAGGGUUGAACUCUUUAUCUGCGGUUGUGUACUGCCUUUUUCGCGAAAAAAAGUUGCAGUGACUGAAUUUGUCUCAACUUCCUAUAUUUAAUUCUCUGGUUAUUGGCCGACAUUAUGGCAAAAUGGCGCUUACACAUCAUGUUCUUAUUGGUUUCUAAGUGCUUAAAAUCCCAUCUCUCUUCCUUUAUCAAGCCCCAUGCUAAAAACAUGUCUUGAGAUUUGUAUUUGUCCACACUGGAUGAACAAAUUUUGGAUUAUUUGCGAAACAAGACAAUAAUGGCGACCAAUAGGCCAUAAUUCGUUGAACAACAACUGUAAUUUUAAGACUGAAAUCGGCUACCUUUUUAUUUACCAAUGUGCACAUUUUCACUUAUAACUUAACUAAUUUUAUGGCCUGAUUUAAUUACUGUUACACUUGCCACAAGCUUAACUGCUAACAAAUGUUGCUUUUGUAUGGCAGGAAUGACAAUAACAUUAGUUUCGGGUUUCAUUCGAUAAUUUAAACUAGUCACAGUGACUUUGUAGCCCCUGCAAUUGUUUUGCAGUUCUGAUGUUGUACCUGACACAUAACAAUUGCGUUAUACUUAGUUUCAAUUGUUUAUAAUUGCACACUGUAGUACCUCCAUCUCAUGGUAGGACCAAGGUGUUGUGGGUAGUGUUUCAAAUAUGAGUAGGUGAACUCUCAAUAGCUGAGAGUUGAAAGUGUUUGCAUUGUUUCUUUAGGCUAUCGCCCAUAUUAGGCCAUUGCGAAUACAAAAAUUUUUAGCUCAACUAUUGACUUCGCCUUCACAUGUAUACAAAAGUUAAAUCGGAAGAUGGAUGCAUUCAUAAAGAAAAGUUAAUAUUGACAUACUGGAAUCUCUGCGUUAGUGCAUUUUUGCUUAUAAAUAUGGAUUGCUUAGAUGUGUUCGGAUAAACAGAUUGCUCCAAAUUUGUCUAUUGCAACAUCCAAGACAUAGAGCAACUUUAUACUCUGUUUGAUGUAGGUGUAUAGUCGAAGGUAGACCGUUUUAGAAUUGUCGAAGUUAGGUACUUUUCUUAAAUUUUUGUAAAAAUAUGGAAGUGAGGUAUAAUGUCUAGUAAAAACAUUAAUUACU